UGGCAUAGAGGAGCCGGUUCCGGGAAAACCCUCCCCGUUAUCUUUCUUUUGCCCCUUUCAACUCCGGCGAUGCUCCUCCUCUACUGCCGCCCCUUCCCCUCUCCCUGCCCUCCACUCCGCCGCCUCCUACGAUGCCGCUGCACCUGUUCUUCCGCCUCCUCCCCCAUUGUUCCGUACCACCAAUCCUUCGCCCGUCGCAUGGCCCUCGCAGGCAUCCACCCCCACCACCGCAUUGGACUCUUACUUGCUGCAGAUUCCUGUUUUCUUGCAGCGGUUGGGGUCUCGGGUGGGCCGGACUCUAUGGCGCUGUGCGUGCUGACGGCGGCUUGGAAGAAGGCGGCGAAGGGCGGGUCCGGGGGAUUCGUGGAGGGGCUCCUGGGGGUCGUGGUCGACCACGGGCUGCGGCUCGAGAGCGCCGACGAGGCGCAGCUAGUGCGCGACCGGGUGCACGGCAUGGGUGUUAUAUGCGAGAUUGCCAGAUGUGAGUGGCCUAAUGGGCGGCCAAAGCUAGGGCAUCUGCAAGAGGCAGCCCGCGAAAUGAGGUACCAAAAACUGUUGGACAUUUGUAUAAAGCAGCAAAUAGGAGUGUUGCUUAUUGCACACCACUCUGAUGACCAGGCAGAGCUCUUUGUUCUGAGAUUAUCUCGCAACAGCAGGGUUCUAGGUCUUGCUGGUACAGCCUUUGUGUCCCAAUUGUUUGCACCUAAUUUAAAAUAUGAUGGACAUAAUUUUUGUCGUUAUGGCAUCCUUCUUGUUCGGCCCAUGCUUGACUUUUCAAAAGAUGACAUGUAUAAGAUAUGUCAAGGAAGUAAUCAUUUGUGGGUUGAAGAUCCAACAAAUAAUAGUAUGCAGUAUGCCAGGAACCGCAUUCGAGCAUCUUUGAGAUGUUUAUCCACAGAAGGUACCUUUCAGUCAGAACUUCAGAAACUGAUAUACGCAUGCCGGUUGACACGAGCGUGUGUUGACAAUGCCUGCAGUAUGGCUGUCAAGCAGUCUAUCACAAUAACGGAGUAUGGGUAUGCUGUCAUUGACCUAGAAAAACUUGAUGCGCAAAAUGUUGAUGAUCUUUCUCUUUCACAAUAUUUAGCUUGUGUAUUACAGUUUGUUUCACAGAGGCACAGGCCAAUCCGUGGCAGAUCUGCUCAAUUGUUCAUGGACUACAUCCGUAAUACACCUUGCAAGGGUGCCCUUACUGUAGCUGGUUGUUACCUUUGUGCUUUUCCGAAGUCUAAAGGUACAAAAGUACUAGUCUGUUCCUCUGUUGACUCGAUGGAGUCAUUUUCUGUUGAGAUGUCCUACAAGUGUUCCUAUGAAGAACAGCCUUCACCAGUACCUGAGAUUGAUCAGAUAGCACGUGAAGCACGCGUACACUCCAACGAAUUUCUACAGUGCUCAAGCAUACCUUUUGUGAAUUAUAGUUCUUCUACUGAUGUUCUGAAUAGAGCAAAGGAUCACAAUAUAAUAGGUGAUUUUGUGUUAGAAAAACUCCUUUACCUGCAGACAGAAGAGCAUCAGAAAUUUUGUGCAACAAAACAUAAAAAUGAAGAACAAUACUUGGAGAAAACAAACUUUCCUGAUGUGAAAGUUCUUUUUCUCUGGCCUGGUGAAACAUGUCACUUUAUGAGCAAGUUCUUGAUUACAUGGAAUGCUUUGGAGGUUGUUCCAAAUGGAAUAUGCUCACAAGACAGUAAAAACCUCCUAUGCCAGCAUUGUGCAGUGAAUCAGGACGGAAGUCUUGCAGUUCGUCACAUGUUUGAUACCGAUUGGUUGUUCCUUGCUGAAGUUUCUAAAAUCCGCUCAAUGGAAGAGAAUCAGAAUGUCUCAAAAGUUUCCAAUAAUAAAUUGGAGGAUGAUGUACUCCUGAAGCACUCUAGAUAUUUACAGUUAUCAGCAAUGAAAGCUCUUGAGGUCCUGAAAUCUAUUCCAGCUUCUGCAAGACGAACACUGCCAGUACUGACCAAUUCUCAAGGUGACGUACUGAGCAUACCAAGUAUUGGCUUCCAGUGUUGCCCAAGCCUGUCAAUCAAAGCAUUAUUCCAUCCAAGAGUGCCACUUGGUGGGGGAUACACUUCAUAUUUAUGAUGGCUCGAGUUUUAUUUUUGGCAAAAAAAGAGGACUUAUCAAGGACAUUGAGAUAUGAGCAACUGCCAGUAUUUCAGAAAUACUAUUGGUGUUGAAUUGCUACUGUCUGAACCUUGGCAACUCUGGGCGUGGUAAAUGAAUGAUUGCACGCCACAGUAUUGUGCAGACCGAUGGGGAACUUGGGCUGCUGUAGAGAAUAUGCCUGUUCAUAUUGUAGAGGAAGACCAUCUUUUGGCUCAAUAGCUGUAACUUAUGAACGAGUUGCAUCGAGAUUUAAGGUGUGCAAGAGCUACAAACAUAUGCUAACCAGCUUGAAAUUAGGAUGGGAAUUGUACUAAAUGAUAAUAUCCAGUGGCGGUGAUGAAUCACUACAUCAAUUACAGGUGAAGUUGGUCUGA